GGCUUUGCCUGUUGGAAAUUGCUCGGAAGCAAAAGGGGGGGAAUAGAGAGACCCUAACCCUAGGUUAGAUCGAGAGAUCUCGUUUGGACGGCGUUCGAUGGCGUCGUUCGCGGAAGCUCCGCCGGGCGAUCUUAAGGCCGGGGAGAAGAUCUUCAAGACCAAGUGCGCGCAGUGCCACACCGUCGACCAGGGCGCCGGCCACAAGCAAGGACCUAAUUUGAACGGCCUUUUUGGAAGACAAUCUGGUACGGCAUCGGGUUAUUCUUACUCUGCCGCAAACAAGAAUAAGGCUGUUGUAUGGGAGGAGUCAACUUUGUAUGAUUACUUGCUUAACCCUAAGAAGUAUAUUCCUGGUACUAAGAUGGUAUUUCCUGGUUUGAAGAAGCCACAAGAGCGUGCUGAUCUUAUCGCCUAUCUCAAACAGUCGACGGCUUGAGUGUUCCGUUAUCAUGGCUAAAACAAUUUUUGUUCACCAAUAAGACCAUUUGUUGCCAUGCUUAUGACAAGCAUUUGAGCUACAAAACAUUCUUUGCAAAUUCUUCAAUCAAUUGCCCAUAUGUUUAAUUUUGUCUGCAAUAGCUGACAGCUAAAUUUUCUUUAAAUAUAAACUGGAGAUUAUUAUGUGACGGUAAGUACAUUAUGCUAUAUAUUUCUUCAUGUGGUA